AUGACUUCUUCCAAAUUCACAUCCGACAAGUCGUCUCGUUUGAUGCCGCUUCAGUCCACAUCUCACAGCCAAAUACUACCAUACGGCGAUCUUGAGGAUCUUAAAGAAGCCGUAGUCGAAGACAGGCACCUGAAAACGCGCAUUCGCAAAUUACGCAUCAUAUCUCGCACCCUUGCGUUAUUCCUAUCCGUCGCAGUCCUCAUUCCCACCGCACUUACCCUUCACAAGUUUCUUAGCACACGGACGAUCUACCGCACCGUCACACUUCCUAGCGGCCAAAACAUUUCACGUACGCCCUGGGCUCGCAACACGCGCGCAUGGCCAACAUACAUGUACUUUGGCGUUGCAGCCGUCUCCGUAUUACUCAAUCUUGUGACGAUGCUUUCGUAUAAAUUUGGUGUUGGGAAGGCCAAUAUAGCAAGCUGUAUCACGAGUAUCUUUAGCUGGGUCAACAUCCUUGGGAACUUUGUAGUAUGGUGUGUAGCUGUAGGUAUAUAUCGUGCGGAGAAAGACAAGAAUGGGAAGAGUAAUGAUAUCUGGGGUUGGACGUGUAGCGCGGGCGCGAGAGCGAUUCAAAAAGAGUUUGUGGGCGACAUUGACUUUGGCAAGUAUUGUAAUGUACAGUUCCCAUAUAGCGAUACUUCUCCAUCAUUCACAGCUUACUCCGCUGUUACCCCACCCAGCGACCCCACCUCAACUCCGAGCCCAUCAAGCCAUCAUACUACACUCAUCACAUCCGGGAUUCCUUCUCCAUCUUCUCUACCCACCAGCCAUGCGGCGGUGCAGUCUCCAACAUCAGACAUACCUUCAUACUCGAUUUCCCCAUCGGAACCCUUGACAGCCAAUACCAUAGCCAACUCCACUGGUCCUGACAUCCCCACUCGUCCCGGUUACCGGGCAGUAGCCUACUACGGGAACUGGGACAUCUAUUCGCGGAAUUUCCAACCGCAGCAGAUACCAGCAGAGCGUUUGACCCACCUGCUCUACUCCUUCGCCGAUAACAAACCUGAUGGCACCGUCUUCUUGACAGACUCGUACGCCGAUGCAGAGAAGCGCUACCCGACCGAUUCUUGGAACGAUAGUGGCAACAAUCUAUAUGGCUCGCUCAAGCAACUCCAGAUUCUGAAAGCUAAGAACAGGAACUUGAAGGUAAUGCUAAGCAUAGGCGGAUGGACGCACACCAACACCAACACCAACAAGCACAUGGAUGGCCCCAUGGCUACUGCUGCGGGCCGGCAGCGCUUUGCAUCUUCUUGCGUUGAGCUUAUCCGCGACUAUGGCUUCGACGGGAUUGAUGUGGAUUGGGAGUAUCCCAAGGACGAAGAGCAAGGGCAUCAAUGGCUGGAGCUGUUGAAAGAAAUCAGAAGCCAGAUGAACGAAUAUGCUGAUACACUUGUACACAAGGACCACUCUGGACAUGAGCUGAAGCCAAAGUUCCUAUUAACCAUUGCUUCGCCGGCUGGCGAGAGUAACUACAAGCAUCUGCCAUUGAAGGAAAUCAGUGCAGUUACGGAUUUCAUAAAUCUCAUGGCAUACGACUAUGCCGGCCCCUGGGACAGCCAAACGGGCCAUGCAUCGAACCUCUACCCUUCGACCUCGGAUCCCUUGAGCACGCCUCUCAACACGGCUUCUGUUCUGGGCGCUUACAAGGCCGCGGGCGUUCCGCCCUCCAAGCUCAACCUGGGUAUGCCCCUUUAUGGCCGCUCCUUCACCAAAACCCAAGGUCUAGGAAAGUCAUUCAACGGCAUCGGUAAGGGAUCAUGGGAGAAAGGCGUCUACGACUUCAAGGACUUGCCAGUGGGAGAUGCACAAGAAUACUACGACGAAGAGGCGGGCGCAACGUAUAGCUAUGACGAAGGAAGUGGCUCAUUUGUCAGUUACGAUACUGUGGCCAUGGCGCUCAAAAAGGUCGACUUCAUUGCGCAGCAGAAGUUGGGUGGUGCAAUGUGGUGGGAAAUCAGCGGUGACAAGACGGGUGAUGACGGGAGCAUCGUGACAAAUGUUGUUAAGAAAAUGGGCGGCGGGAGUGGCGCAGGCAUCGAGUCAUCGUCCAACUGGCUUCUGUACCCGGACUCAAAGUUUGACAACAUCAGGAACGGCGUGUCCACGCUGCAGGCCGUCCAACGGCUGCGCAGGGUCUGA